UUUUAAACUUUUAUUGAAGAUUCACUUCUCAAUAAAUCGAAGAGUUAAUAAUAAGUAACUUUCAUUGAAGAUUCACUUUGAAUAUUUAAUUGGAUUUGGAUGAGUUUUCCAUCCAGUGGGUAAAUUGGUUACCUGGAUCGUAAAUGGUGUCCAAAUGAACCUUUUUGGGGUCUGGUAAAUAAUUGUAUUACGAAAUUCAAUUCAAACGUGGACUGCGACUGCGCCUGGCAAGCAAAUUUUUUGACUCCAGCUCUUUAAGGUCUAGAGCUUGACUGAAUUUCGAGCUCGGAAACCGGCCCUAAACCAUUUUUGCACUUGUUGUGAUAAAAUCAGUGUGUUUGGAACGGGCAAACUCAAGACGUUACCAAAUAGGUGACCUGGCCACAAAAUCCGAUCAGUGUGUUUGGGAAGAGUGUAACUUAUUUUGAAACGUGGUCACAGAAAACUUGAGGAAAAUGUGGGAUCAGCAUGGUUUAUGGUUGAGUUGUCUAUGGAUUGUUGUAGUGAUUUUGACCGAUGUAACAACGGCUCUAAAGAGAAAACCAGUUCGCAAUGGGACCCUAGACGAUGACGAAGUGUUUAAAGAAAUCAAAAAAUUUAUCUCGACUUUUGUGUCGACCAGUUCGGGUCAUUAUUUGGGCAAAAUCUAUAAAGGAAAUAAUGACGAGUAUUAUCAGUCAUUUGCCGACGUUCCAUACGCUAAACCGCCUAUGGGCGAUCUUCGGUUCAAGAAACCAGAGCCGAUACCGGAGAACGAAGAUGACUACUACGAUGUAUCCAAGUCGAUUGAGUUCGAAGAAUUGGUGACUCGAUGCAAGCAAUAUGUGCGCUGGGACGGACAUGCCAGCAAUGCAGAGGACCGAAUUGUCGGCUCUGAAGACUGUCUCUAUUUGGAUAUCAUCAGGCCAGUGGAUCUUGUGGUGGAACACAAACUGAGAGAGAAGGAGGAUGUGGUGGGUUACAGUCAGCAUGCACCUGUCAUGGUGUUCUUGCAUCCUGGCACAUUCAUGUAUGACAUCCCCAUGAACCACUACCAGAUGACCGAGUACUUCUGCUGCAACUUCAUACUCUUUGUUUUUGUCAGAUUUCGGCUUGGAGCUCUGGGUUUUCUGAAUGCCGGCUCUUUUACCGGGAAGGAUUUCAAGGCCAACCUGGGACUGUGGGACCAGGUGGCCGCCCUGAAAUGGGUGCAGCGCCAUAUUGACGCCUGGGGCGGCGACCCCCAGCGGGUCACACUGACCGGCGUGGCCGCGGGCGCCGCUUCUGUCAACUACCACCUCAUGUCUGAGGCAUCCAGAGGUCUGUUCCAUAGAGCAAUAUCGGUGGGAGGAUCAGCGCUGUGUCCUUGGGCGUUCCAGAGGCGUUCGGUCAUCAACUCGUACUUAUUGACCAAGAAGCUGAGCGACCCGCCUUGUGGAACCAACUUUCGAGUUUGCCUUAUGCAGGCAGACGCUGAUGACUUAGUCAAGGCCACCAAAGAUCUAUAUGUGAAUUUUGUCGACGCCUUCAGGGAUUACUACUUUCAACACAACGAUUUCCUUACCUAUGGGCCAUACUUUCUAGAAUUGAAGGAUCUAGUGGACGAGCAAGUUUUGAGGGAGGUAAUCUUCGACAUCAGACGUUACUAUAAUGAACGUUAUAAUGACGUUACUACAAUCAACACCACCGCAAGAUUAAAUCAGAUGGUAACCGAUCGGCUGUACACUGUAGGUAUAGUUCAAGCAGCACGAUUACAUGCUCUCUCUUUAAGGGAGAGACAGAAGCAUCAGGUGAGACAAGUGCUGAAGGAUAUCCUCGGCCAUAUUGAGAACCCUGCCCAUCAGAAAACAAUCAGAGAGAUCUACGAGACUAAAGUCGUUCUCUACCAGUUCACCUACCAGUUUAGUAGGAUAGUCGAUUUUCUGACGUCACCGGUUCACCGAUGGAUCAAUUAUCAUCGGGAAGAAUUUGCACUGUUGACAAAAGAUCCGGAGGAAGAGCCAACUUUAUUGUUUGUCCCAGAUACAAAAAGUAAAAGUCUACUUCAAAUUGAGGACCAAAUGCGUGAAUCGCUUGUCACUCUGUGGGCGAAUUUCAUACAAGAUGGCCGCUGCUUUGAGGUGGUGAACAGCAGCUACACCUACUACUACCCGGAUAUAUUCGACAGUUACACGACUGACAACGCCUGGGACGUGGUCACAACUUGGGUCCAAGGUCCGAAAGAUUUCUUCAAGCGCUUAGAAUACGGCGACUUGGCUGAAAUGAAAAUGUGGAACGAUCUGCCCAUUCAGAUCUUCGACGACUUCGACGACCGAGAUGAUUUCUGCGACGAUGACAUCAAUCUCAACGGCGAACUGGCACUGGUUUGCGGUGAUGAAGGCAAUGAGGCGCUGAUCGAGGCCCAUCUCGAGUGGGAGACCAAAUUCAACAGACGAUUCGAGGGUCUUGACGAGCUUGAACAGCAGUUGGCGAUUCAAAAAAUUAAAGAUAGCCGUUGGCCAAAAGAUCCCAAAAACUGAAAAAAAAACUCCAGAAUUACAAGCUUUUUCACGUCACUUAAUCCUGGCUUUCAUUAGUAGAGUUUAACUUGAUGUUUUAGGUGUAAGUUUGAGUGUCUUUUCAAGUUUGAAAAUUAUCAAUUUAUUAAUACAGUAUUUCUCAGUUAUCAAUGAUGAUCUAGUGAAGUAGUAUCUCAAUUCUAUCUGGUAAUGAACUUCUUCAAAUUCCUAGUUUGUAUAUAUUUUUAACUCAAAAUUGGACGAAAAUCAUGACGAAAUCAUUUUUAGACAAUUUCUAUCUAAAUUUGGGCUGUGAGCCUGUUGUUCCUUUGCAUGUAUCAAUGUUCAAAAUAAUAGUUACUUGUUUAUCUAGAGUGGGAAGUACUGGUUUUUCUCCCUGAGGGAAAAGUUUAAAGCCCAAUGCGAAGCCAAGGGCAACAAUUUUCCUGGGGGAGAAAAUAGUUAUUUGUGCAACUAGUGCGCAAAAUGACAGUUUGCUGUACCGAAAGAAACGUUUACGCCCGAGCCGUAGGCGAGGGCGGAAUGGCUCCUUUAGUGCAGCAGAGGAACUUUGCGCACGUAUUUCACAUUAAAUUUUUCCUACAGUUACCAUUGAACAUGAAAAGUGGGUAAUUAUGGGUAAAAUUCCCUGAAAUCCAUCAAAUGCUUUUUCUGUGUAGUUUUAUUAUAAAUAAAAACCUUAAUUUAUUUAAAAUUGAAUAAUGUAAUAGUAAAUGAAUGAAGGCGGCUGUCACUCAUGUGAUGGCUGUCGCUGUCAUCCACUGUUGUCCACUGCCUUAAUAUUAUUAUAACGUGCACCACAGUCACUGUUACCAACAUAAUUUUGAUUCUCCUGCACUGGUGCUCCAUAUAACCUGCUUACUAUUUUGCGUUGUCAUGCUGCAAAUCUGGAGUACACAAAGUAUCACUUUGCACACUAGAGCGGAAAAGUGAUUCUUUGCGGCCUGCAAUCAGUGCAGAAAUAGCCACUUUUCAGGGUAUCUGUAGGAAAAAACAUUUUCCACUCGUGAUGUACAAAAUUUUUCCUCCACCCAUAUUUUUAUAAAAACUGCAAAUAAAAUAAUUUCUAAAACUUACGUGACCGGUAGAAUGUGUUACAACAUAACCUGAAAAUUAAACAGCUGGCUUGUAAUCACGCAGUUCACCGCCGACAGCGCUAUGCGCUAUCUGUCGGCAAAAGUUGUAACAACAAUGGCCAACUCGACUUCAAUACUAUGAUGAAGUUCCCGUUCCAAAUUUGAUUAGUUAAUGAGGAAUAUCCGUUGGCUGGUAUUUUGAAUAACAUGGAAUAUGAAAAAAAAAUAUUCAUACAUUUUCAUAGUAGGCUAUACUGAUAUGAAGUUUGUAAUAGUUUCAUCAUUGAACAUAUAUUUCAUAAAUUGAUCAAAUGUCUGGUUGAGGUAUUGAAUUCAGUGCAAUGACUACUCUAUAUGCUUCAUCAUCUGAGCUUAGACCUUCUUACCCAUUACAAAUGUAAGUUUUCAAAAUAGAGAUGCUUCCAAUGUUAUUUGAAUGGAGUUAUUUCUACGCUCUAGGAAGUUUCCUGUUUUUUCCUCCCGAGAACGAAAAAGUGACACUUUAGUAUUAGACUAUGUUUCAGGGAGUAAAGUAGGCUCUUUAGACAGUGGGUGGAGAAAAAUAAAUGUUAAAUGUUUAAAUGAACCUUUCAGAUCUUCAGAGCUCCCUUGGCAAGUACUAACUAUCUUGUGAACUCUCCCAAUGAAAACUUUCAUGGUAGAGUACUAGUUUUCAGUGGAGUAGAGUGGGAUAGCACCAUGGGUGGUACUCUACCACUUGCCUUCCCACACCACCGCAUCUCACUCUACUCUACCACUACUAUGCUAGUGAAAACAGUCCCGAGCUAUUAGAGUAGAGUCGUGCCCGUAGGCUGUCAGGUUUAAGUAGUAUUGUUAUCUAUUAAAAAGUAUUGAUUUUUCGAAAUUUUUAAAAAAAUGUUUAUUGAAAAGUAUUGACAUUUGAAGGUUUGUUCUGUUCACUAGACAAAACACUUCACCUCCUAUUCUCAAUUACUUGACCAAGUAAGUAGAGUAGAGUUAUUAUGCCAGUUACUCGACCACUAACUCUACUAGUAAAAACCAGGCUUCAAUCAUCUAUAGCCUACUCGUUUCUUCUUCCUCAACGAUUUUAUUGUCAAUCUAUACUGAAAAAGUUGCUGAAUGAAGCAUAGAAAUUUUGUUGUAAAGGUGUUCAAGGAUGCAAUAAAAGUGUUAUCUGUCCAUAAUAAUUAUUAUUGAGGUU